AUGCAGGAGCCGGAGUGGCAGGCAAGAGAGAGGCAGCAGGCUUGGGCUCAGGGUUGCCCGGAGCGCGCAAGCGGCGAGUCCCCGUGGGGCGAGUGCAAGCCCCGCUGCCGCUGCCGCCGCUGCUGCUGCCUCCUCCGCCACCUCCUGCUUAGGCACAUCGAGGAGCGGGAGGCCGAGCCGCCGCCGCCGCCGCCGGAGAGCGCGGAGCAGACGUUGCCGGCGCUGCCCGGAGGGGGAUGCCGCUGCUGCCGCUGCAACCGCCGCCGCAG